AUGUGGAAACCCUGCUGGUCUGUGACCUUGUCUGUCUCCCACACAGGGACCAACAGGACUUCCAAGGGGCGCAGUCUGAUCGGCCGGCACCCCACCUCCCCAGCAGUCCCUGGGAGGAGCGCCUUGGUGCAGCCGGGCCUCUCUGUGGAUGAGUUCUCCCAGUCGGUGCUCACAGGGAAGCUGACCACCGUCUUCCUCCCGAUAGUGUACACGCUCGUGUUUGCGGUGGGCUUGCCAAGCAACGCCAUGGCCCUGUGGGUCUUCCUGUUCCGCAGCCAGAAGAGGCACGCGGCGGUCAUCUACAUGGCCAACCUGGCCGCGGCCGACCUGCUGUCGGUGUUCUGGUUUCCCCUCAAGGUCGCUUACCACCUGCGCGGCAAUGACUGGGUCUACGGCGAGGCCCUGUGCAGGGUGCUGGUGGCUUUCUUCUACGGCAAUAUGUACUGCUCCAUCCUCUUCAUGACCUGCCUCAGCGUGCAGCGCUACUGGGUCAUCGUAAACCCCAUGCUGCACCCCGGCCGUGCCGCCCGUGUGGCCCUUGGCGUCUCCCUGGGCGUCUGGCUGCUCGGCCUGCUGCUCACCAUUCCACUGUAUGUGGUGCAGCAGACCGUGCACAUCCCGGCCCUGAACAUCACCACCUGCCACGACGUGCUGCCUGAAGAGGUGCUGGUGGGUGAUAUGUUCAGCUACUUCCUCUCGCUGGCCAUUGGCGCCUUCCUCUUCCCAGCUGUGCUCACGGCCUCGGCCUACGCGCUCAUGAUCCGGACGCUGCGCUCCUCAGCCAUGGACGAGGCCUCAGACCGCAAGAGGCGGCGGGCUGUGCGCCUGGUGAUCACCGUGCUGGCCAUGUACCUGCUCUGCUUCACGCCCAGCAACCUGCUGCUGGUGGUGCACUACUUCCUCAUCCGCACUCGGGGCCAGAGCCACGUCUAUGCGCUCUACCUCGUGGCCCUCUGCCUGUCCACACUCAACAGCUGCCUCGACCCCUUCGUCUACUACUUUGUCUCGCAGGAAUUCCGUGACCACGUGCGCCACGCGCUCCAGUGCCGCAGCGUGCGCACGGUGAAGCGCAUGCAGGUCUCACUCAGCUCCCAGAAGGUCUCACGCAAGUCUAGCUCCUACUCCUCCAGCUCAACCAGUGUCAAGGCUUCUUACUGA